GAAAUAUUUUAUUGCAAAAACAACUAAAUAUAAAUGGAUACUCAAUAUCUUCAUCCCAAAAUUCCUCAAGAAAGAAGUGAAGGAAAAUUAAAUUCUGACUUUACAAAUUAUGGAGAAAUUAUGUUCUCUCUGUACAAUCCAAUUAGUUACAAUGGUCUAGAUCAGAUAUAUUGCAUGUGAGACAUUUCCAAACUGACUGGUAUGUUUGGACCACCUGGGUAUAUGCAAAAUUUCCCAAGUGAGCUUAAAUAUGAAACAGAUGGUUCCAUCCCACUGCUCGACCCUGAACUUGCUAACUGCAACUUAGAUUUGCAGUCCAUGACCAAAGAAGACAUCUACUUCGAACUGCUCAAAGGGUACCAAUACCAGACUCUGUACCACUUCGAUACAAAGAAGCAACGUGAAGUGCCUCUGUAUAAAUGCGGAGAGCCUGGUUGUGACAAAGUCAUGCAGAAGCCCUGGAACCUCCUAGACCACGUCAGGAUGCAUGCAGGAGUCAAGCCAUAUAUGUGCAAGUGGUGUGGUAACCGCUUCACCCAGAAAGGCAACUUGAAGAAGCAUGUAAGACAGCACAUCAGGCCAGAUGUCAACGACCGCAAGAGAUACAAUUGCAGAUACUGCUCAAAAGGAUACACAGAGAGAUAUAACCUCAAGUCCCACAUGAAGAAGUGUCACCCAGAUAGACAAGAUGAAUCAAGUUCCCCACCCAAUGCUCCGCCAGUCUUGAGACCUUCCUAA